AUGGCUGUCACCUCAAAUAUCCUGCUUGUUGGAGGUGGAGGACUCGGUGUCAUUGCCGCUUUGAGCCUUGAGGCCAGCUGCAGAGCCCAAGUUACAGCUGUUCUCCGUUCAAACUACAAAAUUGUCAAGGAAAAUGGCUACAACGUCAAGUCAUGCGAUCACGGAGAUAUUGAGGGUUGGAGUCCCACCAAAAUUGUGCGCCAAAUUCCUCAAGUGUCCUCGGACGACCAAACUUAUGAUUAUAUCGUGAUUACGACUAAAAACAUACCAAGCGCCGGUCCAGGCAUGGCAGAAUUGAUUGCGCCAGCAGUUUCACCCCGCAUCACAGUCAUUGUCCUUAUCCAAAAUGGGCUGAACAUUGAGAAACCGUAUUUAGAGCGGUAUCCAUACAACAUCGUUCUAUCAGGUAUCAGUUUUGCCGGUUCUCAAGAGUUACAACCUGGCGUUAUCGAACAUGGUAACCAUGAUCACCUGCUCGUGGGCGCGUUUUGGAAUGAAAAUGUCGAUAUCGCACGGGAGCAGGCAGCGGCCAAGAGUUUUGUGUCACUAUACGCAGCCUCAGGAAAAGCAUCCUGCUUCUACACUGCCAACCCCAUGUCACACAGAUGGAAAAAGCUGGUCUACAAUGCUAUCAUGAAUCCACUCUGUGCCAUUACCAAUCUGGACUCUGGAUCUCUGAGACAAAGCGGCUCGGCAAUUCUGAAGACCAUCCGAGAUGCAAUGGAGGAGAUCAUAGCCGCCGCAGGAGCAGCCGGUUAUACCCUGCCCCCAGGGACCGCUGAGGAUUUGCUUAAGGACGAUCCCAUAGACGGUCAUUUUGAGCCGAGCAUGCUCCAAGAUGUUAGGAAGGGAAACUUGAUUGAAUAUGAGUAUCUGGUUGGGGAGCCGUUGCGUGAAGGACGUCAUCUCGGGGUCCAAAUGCCAACUCUCUCAAUGCUAUAUGCGAUGUGCCAGGCUUUGCAAUACAGAAUACAAUGCGCCAGACCUUCUUACUAG